GAGGAAAAUUUUAUUAUAACAAUGCAUUAAUGCUAUAUUUCAUUUGUCAGAAUGCCGUUUUAGAUAAAGUAAAUAAACGGUUUUCGGAACCAGAAAGAAAGGAAAGUUUAUCCGAAAGAAAAAUACGACCCGAGACGCCAAAACGACAAAAUAAAAGUACCAGGCACAUACAAUAUCACGAGCCCAAAAGAGAAGAUAUACAUCAGGAUAAAAAGUCAAUGUCAGCUGAAAACAGAAACAGGCAGAUAGUCGGCAAUGGUCAGAGUCAGUAUAAGUCAAAGAUAUCUUCACUUCCGAAUUCUCCAAAGCCUUCUAAUAUUGGAAAUACGAAGAGGAACGCAACUCCAGUACUGAAUAAAAAUAACUAUUCGGAAAAACUUCAUCAAGAGCAAUCAACCGCCACCAACCGCCAACAACUCCCCAGCAGAAUUAAAAAUCAAAAUCAAUCGGAUCUGUCUAAUUACACGGUAAUCACACCUGAAGGCCAGAACUUUUCUGUCCAAGUAAGCCGAUUUUUUAUUACCCCACCAGUUGAAGAAAGCCUUAAAACUUUUGAGAUUUAACUUGGGAUUAUAACCAAAUAUUGUUGUUAUUGUCGAUACGCUAUUUAGCCUACGUUCGCCUGCUUAUUUUAGUUUUAAAAACACACAAUUUUUUAUUCAUACAAAUCCCCAACGUA